AUGGCGACAACAACAACAUUAAGAACAUUACGCUUCGUGUUCGUCAUGAUGAUGAGCUUCACGGUUCUAAUGGGACAUCAUUGCUCGGCGAAAAUCUACAAAGUCGGAGACUCCGAGGGAUGGACCGCGAAGGCUGACACAUAUUAUGAUUGGGCUCAGCGUAACGAAUUCAACGUGGGAGAUUCUCUGCUCUUCGAAUACGAUCGCAAUGUCAACGACGUCACUCAAGUCUCUAGUGCUUUGGCAUACGAUUCAUGUGACUCUUCUUCUCCUAAAGCCGUUUACAACACAGGAAACGAUACCGUAACUCUUAAGGAACCAGGUUAUCACUACUUCAUCAGCUCGAAUCAUGCUCAAUGCGUAGCCGGGCAGAAACUCGAAGUUCUUGUCGUCCGUUAUGACCCGUCACGUCCGCGCAAGAUCUUUCCUUUUGGAAACACAUACAAAGUCGGUGACUCUAACGAAUGGAGUGUUCCUAAAGAGAAUGACUUGUAUUACAAGUGGAGUGAGGAGAAACAGUUUCAUGUGGGAGACAGUCUUCUUUUCUAUUACGACGACGAAGUCAACGACAUCUUGGAAGUAAACAGUGAUCUUGAGUUCAAAUCUUGCGACCCGAGUUCUCCUCUUGCCGUGCACAGUUCGGGACAAGAUCUGAUUAGGCUCACAAAACCAGGAAUCCACUAUUUCAUUACCUCAAAGACUGGUCAUUGUGAGGAUGGGCUUAAGCUUCGAGUGGUGGUGCGACCACUACACAGAGCUAUUCGGGAAAAGAGGAAGUUGUCACCUUUGGAUCGCCUCAUCAAGUGGUUACAGAGCUUUAGGCCCCAUCCCCAUCACUAA